AAGAACCUGGCCCUUCUCUCUCUCUCUCUCUCUCUCUCUCUCUCUCUCUCUCACCUCCACCUCCACACACACACACACACACACACACACACACACACACACACACACACACACACACACACACACACACACACACACACACACACACACACACACACACACACACACACACACACACACACACACACACACUUCUACACACGAACACUCACACUCUGUAGGAAACCAACCAUAAGUAGACCACGAGGAGACCGGACCAGACAGGAGGAAGUAUUUUUGCUACCUGGACUUACGUACAGGACGCCCAGACUGUCCCUUGGAUCUAUCAACCAUGACAACGGCUGUCCCCUUCCUCCUCUCCUUAGUCCUAGUCCUCACCAACGGUCAGUAUUACUACCAGGGUCUCAUGGAUUAUCUGGAGAACAGAUUCCUUGCCAUUGAGGAUCGUAUGCUCAUAUGGCACGAGCAGUCGAACCGCUACAACACAGAGCUGCGGCACUUCAAGAAGCAGACUGCUGAGUUUAUAACGGGACUAAACCAGGACCACGGGACCCUGCGCCAAGACCUGGAGGGGACAGGGGUACGAGUGGACCGCGUCGAGAGAGAGAUGGACUACAUCGAAACCCAAAACCCCGCUAAGCCCUGUGUGAACCACGCAGACAGAAUGGUGGAUGUGGACCUGGAGGUGAAGGAGAGGAAGAGAGGGGGAGAGGAAGAUGGGUACUCCAGAGUCUUGGAUUGUGUAGACAUCAUCUCCAGCAUCAGAGCCAUGAAGAUCCUGAAGAGGAUGGGGAGCCCCAAGGGCAUGUGGACUAAAGACGCCAGGACCUCUAAGGUCUACGUCUUCAACGGCACGGCAGAGGACACCGUGUACCAGUUCAGCUCUGUUCUAGACUUCUCGUCCUCCCCAGGAGUGGCCCACAGCAGGCCUAUAAGACUGCCCUCUCUGUGGAGUGGCACCGGAUGUGCCGUCUACAAUGGCUAUGCCUACUACGUGAUGGAGGGGGCCGACGAGCUCCAGGUGAUUAAGUAUGACCUGGCGAAUGGCACAUUGGCAGACAGUGCUGUGUUCCCAGUGGAGGUGGCAGACCAUAGACCCGUCUACAGCCUCAACCCAGAGACUGCUGUGGACCUGGCUGCCGAUGAGGAAGGCCUCUGGGCCCUUUACACCACCAGGGAGAGUGAGUCCAUCAACCUGGCUAAGAUGGACCCUGACAGCCUGGAUAUCGAGCAGAUGUGGGAUACACAGUGUCCCCAGGAGAACGCGGAGGCAGCCUUCGUGGUCUGUGGGACGGUCUAUGUGGUCUACAACACUAGGGUGCCUAGUCGCUCUCGUGUUCAGUGUGUGUUUGACGUAAACGAUGCGGUGACCAAUGAGGAGGCUCCGCUACUGUAUUUCCCCAGGAGGUAUGGACUCCACGCCAGCCUAAAGUAUAACCCUCAGGAGAAACAGAUCUAUGCCUGGGACGACGGCUACCUGAUCCUUUACAAACUGUCCAUGACGAGGAAGCUAAUGGUUUAAGUGGAUGGACUAGUGGGCAUUUUAGUCAAAUAACAUUUUAGUCCGAGAAACGGACAGAAAACAUUCUAACAUGAAGACUAUCACUGGAGACAUAUAUUUGUUUUUUGACACCACUCACCCCACUGUCCAUACUGUAUACAUUGUCUCGACAGGAACAUGUACCCAUGUAUUGUUUUACUUGACAUAAUGCAUUGAAUUACUGUACUGUAGGUGCCCGUUACCAAACAUUAUUGCUACCCCAGUUUGAUAUAAAGUUGAUGUUGAAUGGAGCUCUGAAUUAGAUUGGAAUCGUAAUAUGUCCGCAACAACUGGAUUUAUUCGGGGGAAAGAGAUCAGAAACGGUGUAUAAAUGAAUGCCUUGAUGGAAUGUAUGGCCCAGCUCUCCUCAAGAUUUAAUUUGGCUAUUUGCAUUCCACUUGUUUUAGUUCAUCCAAUUUACUCUUCCCUGCUGCUUGCUCCCUUUGUUGUUCACUUUGACAUACGUAGUCGUGAAAGUGACAGUCUCCGGCUAAAGUUCAUCGGCACAAACAGAGAAAAAUAUAAAGUCACAAAAACUUUACAGAGGAGAAAUCUUACUGUACAUUAAUAAAAAAUAUAUAAUAUUAUGUGUGCCACCAUAAUUCAUCAUACACGACCGUUCAAAAGUUUGGGGUCAUUAAGAAAUGUCUUUGUUUUGGAAAGAAAAGCACAUUUUCUGUCCAUUAAAAUAACAUCAAAUUGAUCAGAAAAACAGUGUAGACAUUGUUAAUGUUGUAAAUGACUAUUGUAGCUGGCAACGGCUGUUUUUUAAAUAGAAUAUCUACAUAGGCAUAGAGAGGCCCAUUAUCAGCAACCAUCAGUCCUGUGUUCCAAUGGCACGUUGUGUUAGCUAAUCCAAGCUAGAAAACCCUUUUGCAAUUAUGUUAGCACAGUUGUAAACUGGCAGCUUCAUUAAAUAGUACCCGCAAAACACCAGUCUCAACCUCAACAGUGAAGAGGCGACUCCGGGAUGCUGGCCCUCUGGGCAGAGUUGCAAAGAAAAAGCCAUAUCUCAGACUGGCCAAUAAAAAGAAAAGAUUAAGAUGGGCAAAAGAACACAGACACUGGACAGAGAAAUUCUGCCUAGAAGGCCAGCAUCCCGGAGUCGCCUCUUCACUGUUGACGUUGAGACUGGUGUUUUGCGGGUACUAUUUAAUGAAGCUGCCAGUUGAGGACUUGUGAGGCAUCUGUUUCUCAAACUAGACACUGAAAUGUACUUGUCCUCUUGCUCAGUUGUGCACGGGGGCCUCACACUCCUCUUUCCAUUCUGGUUAGAGACAGUUUGCUCUGUUCUGUGAAGGGAGUAGUACACGUCAUUGUACGAGAUCUUCUGUUUCUUGGAAAUUUCACGCAUGGAAUAGCCUUCAUUUAUCAUCACAAAAAUAGACUGACAAGUUUCAGAAGAAAGUUAUUUGUUUCUGGGCAUUUUGAGCCUGUAAUUGAACCCAGAAAUGCUGUUGCUCCAGAUACUCAACUAGUCUAAAGAAGGCCAGUUUUAUUGCUUCUUUAAUUAGGACAGCAGUGUUCAGCUGUGCUAACAUAAUUGCAAAAGUGUUUUCUAAUGAUCAAUUAGCCUUUUAAAAUGAUGAACUUGGAUUAGCUAACACAACGUGCCAUUGGAACACAGGAGUGAUGGUUGCUGAUAAUGGGCCUCUGUACGCCUAUGUAGAUAUUCCAUUAAAAAAUCUGUCAUUUCCAGCUACAAUAGUCAUUUACAACAUUAACAAUGUCUACACUGUAUUUCUGAUCAAUUUGAUGUUAUUGUAAUUGACAAAAAAUGUGCUUCUCUUUCAAAAAAAAUGACAUUUCC